AUGGCGGCCGAGCACUCCUUCAUGGCCUCCGCAGUGCCUGCAGUGCCUGCAGCGCCGCAGCCGCUCGCAGCCCAGCCCAGCAGUAAUGCGUCUCCGCCGUCCACAACACCACAGUCGCAGGCUGCCUCCGCCGCUGCUGGCCCAGGACAUCCCUCGUUCCGCCGACAACGCGCCAGCCGGGCGUGCGAAACAUGUCACGCCAGGAAGGUACGAUGCGACGCUGCCUCGCUCGGCAUUCCCUGCACCAAUUGCACCGCCUUUGGCAUCGAGUGCCGCAUUCCCCAGCCUAAGCGCAAGAAGACACAGACGGCCCGCGCAAAGGACGCUGAAAGUGAGCGAGGAGACAGCGACGACCGCUCCCCAGCGAGCACCUCGGUCGAGCCGCGCGAGAGAUCAACCGUGUUCAACGCCGAAGAUGGCACCCCGUCCACCACCGUUUCGUCUGCCUACGCCGCCCAGCAGGCCACCCAUAAUGGAACCUAUGUGCAAUUCAUGAAACCAAAGUUUGCCAGGGCCCCGAUCAAGGAAGCUGGCCGUGUAGCAUAUCUGGGCGAGUCUUCCAACCUGUCGCUACUUGUCCACGACCGCUACGGCACCACCGAUGUCGUCCACUAUCCCCUGCCCGAAAAUGUGCGAGGCGCAAAAGCAAGAGUUAAUGAGAUGGACAACAUGGAGAUUGAGAUACUACACCAACGGGGUGCUUUCCUACUUCCCCCGCGCGCUCUGUGUGACGAACUCGUCGAGGCCUUUUUCAAAUGGGUAGCCCCCGUCGUUCCUGUGAUCAACCGCAGCCGCUUCAUGCGCCAAUACCGCGAUCCCAAGAACCCCCCUUCGCUUCUCCUGCUACAGGCCAUACUCCUCGCAGGCUCGCGUGUCUGCACAAACGCACAGUUAAUGGACUCCAGCGGCUCGACAACGCCCGCCGCAAUGACCUUUUACAAGCGCGCAAAGGCCCUCUACGAUGCCAAUUUCGAGGACGAUAGGGUCACCAUUGUUCAGGCGCUCAUUCUCAUGGGUUGGUACUGGGAGGGACCUGAGGAUGUGACCAAGAACGUCUUCUACUGGACAAGAGUGGCAAUCGUAGUAGCUCAGGGCUCAGGCAUGCACCGAAGCGUCGAAGGCUCGCAACUAUCCCGAUCUGACAAACGCCUAUGGAAGAGGAUUUGGUGGACAUUGUACAGUCGCGACCGUUCAGUAGCUGUCGCACUUGGCAGACCAGUGGCCAUCGAUCCCGAAGAUUCUGAUGUAGAGAUGGUAUCAGAAGACGACUUUAUUGACGACGAGACGGACCACCUUGCAGAGUACCCACCAGAUCCGAUCCAUGUCCAAUUCUUUAUCAACUAUGUCAAACUGAGCGAGAUUAUGGGACUGGUGCUGUCGCAACAGUAUUCGGUCGCGUCAAAACAUCGCAGGUCAAAUGCUAUUGACCUCACUCACAGUGACAUGGCUCUUGCCGAUUGGCUACAACACUGUCCACCCGAAGUGCAGUGGGACCGCAGCCGUCACCAUUUCUGGGCUGCCUUGCUCCACUCCAACUACUACACUACUUUGUGUCUUCUGCACAGAGCACACAUGCCGCCGGCAGGCUCACCAAAGGCCAACAAUUUAGACGGUUUUGGCGAAGAGCAUGCCUACCCUUCAAGAAACAUUGCAUACCAAGCAGCUGCCAUGAUUACUUCAAUUAUCGAAAACCUCCGAGCUCACGACGAGAUACGGUAUACACCGGCAUUCAUCGUCUACAGCUUGUUCUCGGCGCUCAUCAUGCAUGUAUAUCAGAUGAAAUCCUCAAACAAGUCCAUCGUCUCGGCGACGGAGCAGCGACUGCAGAUUUGUCUAGAUGCUCUCAAGGAGGUCUCGAAAGUCUGGCUUGUUGCAAAGAUGGUCCAUACCUUGUUCGAGUCCAUUCUUGGCAACAAGCAUCUUGAGGAGCGUUUGCAAAAGGCUGCGGGUAGGAAUCACAAGAAAAAUAAGGUUCCUUCUGCGCCGCCAAUACCACCGCCACCACCGAAACCUGCCCAAGAAUCGUCUAAACGCAAAUUUGAUGACAUGGACUUGGGCUUUCCAGUCCCGAGCGGCCCUCCAGCGGCGCAGGUAUCCUAUGAGCGAUCAAGACCACAGACUCCCGCAGUUACACCCUCUCGCGAUUUGCAGCCUCAGCAACAGAUGCCCCAGAUGAGUACAGGAUCACCGCAAAUGAACCGGCAAAACCAAGACGCUUUCAUGGGACCAUCACGAUCGGGAACACGCCCUACAACCCCAUUCAACCCAUCGUAUUCUUAUCCUGGCACGCCGCCAGAUCUUUUCCUCAUCACCCGCGACACACCAAACAUCAGCCAGGAGGUCUGGCAGAAUUUCCAACCAGAUCAAUUGUUCCCUGCUGAUACUCAAGUCAAUUUCCCACAAAUGUCGCCAAUGCAGAAUCACAGUCUUGUAGAUCCUGCGUUAAGUCAGCCCCAAAAUAUGUCUAUUCCCCAGCAUUCACAGCAGCAGGCCGCGGGCGGUCAGCAGUCGAUCCCACCCGCGCAGGCCAAUGUAGGCAUGUCUUCAGGGUACGAGAACAACAGUAAUCAAGCUUGGCAACAGCAGGUGGAGAUGAUGUCUCAAAAUCAACAACAGCACGGUGGACAGGACGAUGCUUGGAGCAAUAGUUCUGGGGGUAGACACAAUCCCAUUGUGCCCAUGAGCCUGAAUGUAGAUGACUGGUUCAACUUCUUUGGCAUCAACGGCGAGACUGACAUGUCACACCUGUUUCAACAAGGUCCUUCAUAA